UCCAGUCUACGUUGUUGAAUUUUUGGCCACUCCCAAAUCCCCCCCCUCCUGCCAUCUAGCCAUUCCUCCCCUUUCUCCGGAAAAGCUCCGCCCUGUCUCCGCCGCGUCUGAGGCUACGUUUUUCCGGGUUUUUACUUGGUACCCUUCUCAGCUUCCGCUUCUACCCACUGAUAUAAGCUCACCUUUCAAUUCCACUCUUAUCCGUUUGGUUCAUCACUGAUCUCUUUUGUUCCGAUGGCGUUAUUAGCCUUCUAGAGCAGUCGCUCAUCUCGAGGGACCUUGCGGGACCCGAAAUUUUCCUUUUCUUCUUGAUCAUCUUCGUAGAAUUCGCCGUUAUGGCUAUCAGAUUCACCGUCACCUUCUCGGCGUCCGUCGCCUCAAACCUCGCCGCUUCCGGGAAAUGCUCCGCCUCCCGGUUCUUCAACGAGUGCGCAGGGCGAUCACGAAUCUUUCAACACUCGCCCUCACAGAGGCCAGACUCCGGUUACUCCGACUUCCGCCGCCCCAAAUCGGACUCAAUUCCCGUCAAUCCGACUGCAUCCAUGUAUUCGACUCUGGCCAGGGAAAUUCUUGGUGGAGAGACGCAGUCGCCUGUGGUUAUGGGAUUAAUCUCUUUGAUGAAGCAGUCAAUGGGAACUUCUUCUAGCGUAAGUGUUUUGGGAAUUUCGCCGCUUAAAGCAUCGUCGUUCAUUCCGUUCCUACCAGGUUCUAAGUGGUUACCGUGUAAUGAACCCACGAGCACCGAGGUGGAUAGAGGAGGGGCCCUUCUUAGUAGCAGCAGCGCCACCAGCAGCAAAGUUACACCCAAGACUGAAAGUGUAAGUGGUGGUGGUAGUAAGGGUUCAGAGGCAUUUGCCAUGGCCAAGAGUGGUGGUGCUAGUAGCCCGAGCGUUUUGCCACAGAGUAGUGGUAGCAGUAGUAAUAGCUGGCUGUUGAAAUUGAUGAACAUGUGCAUGAGCUCUGAAGAUGCUAAGGCUGCUCUGACUGCUUUCAGUGUUAGCAUUCUUUUUAAGUCGACUUUGGCUGAGCCGAGGUCGAUUCCCUCGACCUCUAUGUACCCAACCCUUGAUGUGGGCGAUCGGAUUCUAGCCGAGAAGGUUUCUUAUAUUUUCAAGCAGCCUAAAGUCUCGGACAUCGUCAUUUUUAAGGCUCCCUCAAUUCUUCAGGAAAUUGGAUUUAGUUCAUCCGAUGUAUUUAUAAAAAGAGUUGUAGCAAAAGCUGGUGACUAUGUAGAAGUCCGUGAUGGGAAAUUGUUGGUCAAUGGUAUUGCUCAAGAUGAGGAUUUCAUCUUGGAGCCACUUGAAUAUGAAAUGGACCCAGUGCGUGUACCCGAAGGCUAUGUGUUUGUAUUGGGAGACAACCGGAAUAACAGCUUCGACUCUCAUAACUGGGGUCCACUGCCUAUCAAAAACAUUGUUGGUAGAUCAGUCUUCCGAUAUUGGCCCCCUUCAAAAGUAUCCGACACUCUGUACAACACAUCCCAGCUGAGUAGUGCUGUUGCAUUCUCGUGAUACUUCACCUUCUUGUUUCUCAGAUUGUUCACCGAGUUUGUGUAUUAACAACCAUUGCCCCUAGCCCACUGGGCUAAUUCAGGUUCCUGUGAAUAUUUACUCAACCUUCUUAGUACUCGAGUGUUUUUGGUGAUGGAUCAUCUUUAUCCAUCAUAAUGUCGAGACUACCACCAAUAGCCUAAGAGUGGCUAGUCCUGAAUUCUUCAUAUGAUGAGUUCCAUUUUCGUUCAGCAGCUUUAUUGGGAUGAAAAUUGAAAUUGGUCUAUAUAUUUGAAUAUGGGAUGCCUGGUGGUUUGAUCACAAGCAACACAUUUGCAGAUUACUCUUUGGUAGUCAUUUGUUUUGGUGGCAGAUGGAGUUUUCGGAAAAAGGGCCAGACCGCGGUGUACCAUGUCGAGACAAUCAGAUAACAGCUGCCAGUGUUUUCUACUUUCUGCCACUUGCCAUCAAUGAUCUAAGUCCAUCCAAGAAUUUCACCUAUGCAAGUGCUGCCGAUUGCAAGCAGAACCAACUACUACUGAUAGUAGUCUGGUGAGACUGGCGUUCUGGGAGAUGUUGCUAUUGCUGAUUAUAUUCAUCAGUUGCUUUGUAAAGACCGCAUCGUAUCUGUAAUGUGUCUGUAAAACAGGUCCGGUUCAACGUGAAAUUUUCCUUUCUUGAGUGAUUUUCUUCCACUUCGACAGCUGUAGGAAAAUUAGGAGGAUGACAUGAACGAUAACCGGGUGUAACAUGAAUUUGACUUGGAUAAUAAGAGUAGGUAUACUCAUCCCAUUAGAAAAA